UCCCAUAUAACACGUGUAGAACAACCUCCAGAAACUCCAAGCACACGUUCUCCGGCGCGUGUUUGCAAUCUCUUACUACGCGCGUGGAACCGCCAUGUCCCACUCAGAAGAAGUGCGUCUCAUUUCCGCUAGAUCUCUCCCCAGACACUACCCAUUUUUGCUUUUAUCUACUUUCUCUCUCCCGAUAUUUUCUCUCUCUACUCUACCCCCAAUUUUUCGAAUUUUCGCCGAGCAUAUUCUCCGGAAAAAUGGCAAAGGGCGCUAGGGGAAGAAGACGCAGUAUUGCCUCACGAAGGUGUAGGUCAACACCAUACCCUUUGACUUCCUACACCAAAACGGAGUCAAUCAAGAAUUGCCCCAAAAUAUCCGACAAGAAAGAAGACUGGGAAGACGCGACAUGUUCCGUAUGCAUGGAAUUCCCACACGACGCAGUUCUCCUCUUGUGCUCCUCGCACGACAAAGGCUGCCACCCGUACAUGUGUGGGACCAGCUUCCGCCACUCCAACUGCCUCGAUCAGUACAAGAAAGCCUACACAAAAGUGACUUGCUCCUUGAACAAUUCCGAGGUUACGGAGCUUUCUUGCCCCCUUUGCAGGGGGCAGGUGAAGGGGUGGACAGUUGUGCAGCCCGCUAGAGAGCAUCUCAACGCAAAAACGAGAACCUGCUUGCAUGAAAAUUGCUCGUUCGUAGGAACUUAUAAAGAGCUGCGUAAGCACGUGAAGACAGAGCACCCUUCUUCGAAGCCGCCUCGUGAAGUGGACCCCGCUUUGGAGCAGAGGUGGAGGAUGAUGGAGAGAGAGCGAGAGAAUGAAGAGGUGAUAGGUACUAUAAGGUCGUCUAUGCCCGGAGCGGUUUUCUUCGGGGAUUACGUUAUUGAAGGAGGGAAUCGUUUUGGUGUUGGUGGUGGUGGUGUUAAUUAUUCGGAUGAUGAUGACGAUGAAGAUGGUGUUCUUGAUGAUGCGGAGACUGUAAGGAGGCGGAACGAGGAUCGUAAUUUGAUGUCUAUGUUUCUCUUUCUUCAGGCGUUUGGUUCUGAUGGCAGUAAUGUAAAUAGAGGGAUUAGGAGGGGUGAUAAUGAUGGUGGUGAUGGUGAUAAUGAUGGUGUAUCGUUUGGGGCUCGUUUGCGUAGGCAAGGUACAUCUGUAUUGGGACGUUCGGGAAGGAGGAGAAGGCGUAGAGAGAUGUAAUUUAUGGUGGUGUUCAAAUAGAAUCUUGAAUUUCGUAGAGAGAGAAGUUUGUGGACCACCACGGGUAAGAAAUGUGCUCCAAUUUGUUUUCUUUUUUUUAAAUGUUUGCAUGUACAUUUGAUGUUCUGUAUAUUUUUAGUUUGUAGUUUCUGUUAAAUUGUUGUGUGAUGUGCAAUCUUGUGUGUACUCAUUGAUGGAAAUUGUAAGUUAUUCGCCUGUAACUGCGUUAAAAUUGGCCAUCGUCGUAAUUCUUAUUCUGUUUGAUUUUUAGUUAUCUAAUUCUCAUUGGUUGUUAGU